AUGGAAGAUACUACACAGAACAAGACUCUGAACUUCAUCACUGAAGCUUCCGUUUCUGGGAGCUGCCGAUUAGCAGAAGAAGCACCGUCACCUCUAAUCAUAACUGUGAAGAAGAAUGAAGGGUGCCGGGAGACCUCAAUUGCAGCAUCUUCAUCAAUGGGAAUCUGGGGGCAGAUCAAAAUCGGAUAUUUGGGGUUGGCGACUAUGAUAGAGAGAAACCAUAGGGUUCAUUCUAUGAUUGGGACGCCAGAGUUUAUGGGCACCAGAUAUUACAAAAUUCUACAAGAAAGUAACCUCUGGGAAAGACCUAAGGCCAUGGACAAGGUCAGAGACCCACAAAUUAAGGGCUUCAUUAAGAAGUGCUUGGGUUUUGCGAGGCCUUCUGCAUCAGAACUCCUUCAGGAUCUGUUCUUUGAGGGGCUUGAUGAUGUCAAAAAGAAACUGAGAGCUAACAUUGUCGCGAACACGAAGGGAGACUAG